AUGGCAGCCGUCGCAGCGCACUCGCCUUCGCACCCGCCUCACACCACCACCACCGCAUCGUCGCCCCGCUACAACCCCGCAAUGACCUCGUCGUCGAGCCCGCCACAACAGACCCAGCAGCAGCGCAACCACCAGCGCACGAACCAGCGCGCUCCUCCUCCCGCACGCCUCCCUCCCGCCGUGCACGAACCCAAGCCCGUCAGACUCGCGACGCCCGGGAUGGGCUACCCGUUCCCCUUGAUGCUGAGCCGCGCCAACACCCCGCGCGAAGAGAUCCUCGCGUCGCCGUACAAGGUCCAGCAGCGUCCGCCGAGCCCGCGACGCAAGGUGACGCCCCAGGGAGACGGGUGGGACACGCCCGCCAACUCGUCUCGCGCGUCGUCCUUUGCCAUGUCCUCCCGUCGUCCGUCGACACUCACGUCGACCUUCUCCGACUCGUCGUGCUCGACAAUGUCGUCCACGACGUCCGACGCCCUCUCGUCCCCAGGGGACGACGUCUCGUCCGCCUCCUCGCCCUUCUCCGAGCGCGCAGACGUCAACACCUCGUGCGCUAGCGACACCGUUCCCCCUCCGACGACACCGGCCGAGCACGCCCGCUCGCGCAUCAAGCACGCAGGCUCGACGCCCGGCGCUCCACCCCCCAACCCGCUCGUCACGCUCGACAUCAAGCCGCCCGAGAUGCUCGACCUCGACGAUAUCCGCGAGUCGGCGCCUUCGAGUCCGUCGCACGACCGGAUUGCCAGCAGCACCGACGACGAGCGCAAGAAGCGCAACCCGCUUACGGGAGGACUCGCCGGCCUCUCGAUGUCCGGCUCGCACUCGUCGAAGGAAGACGGCCUUGGCGUCGGACCCAAGGUCGAGAUUGACUAA